AUGAAAUUACUAAUUUCGCAGUUUUUUGUUGUUGCGGGUUUUUUUGGUUUUAAUUUUGCAUUUGGCCAUAACAUCUUUGAGACUCUCAUGUUUCCGAAUACGCUCAAAUCCCCCAACAAGAAAAUUUCUUCAUACAUAAAUAAAGUUCGUGCUGAAUCCAUAAAAAAAGUAUUCCUUCAUUCUUACAACGGUUAUCGUAAAUAUGCAUGGGGUCAUGAUGAACUUCGUCCGGUGUCAAACGGAACCGUCAAUAAUUUUAAUUGUUGGGGAAUGACCAUAAUUGAUUCCUUAGAUACAAUGAUCAUCAUGAAUCUUAGGAAAGAAUAUCAGGAGGCAAGAGAGUUUGUGAAGGAAAAUUUAGAUUUUGGAAUGAAACAAGGUUGUGGAUCAAGAUAUGCGAGUGUCUUUGAGACCAAUAUUAGGUAUUUAGGAGGGUUACUCGCAGCCUACGAUUUAACAGGAGACGAACUCUACCUAAACAAAUCGAUCCUUCUAGGAAAUCUUCUUUUACCGGCAUUCAACACACCUACAGGAAUACCCACAGGAGAGAUAGAUAUCGUGGAAAAGAAAGGUGUUAUAGGAUCAGAAUCCUCCCUAGCUGCAGUUGGCACAUUACAACUCGAGUUUCGGAGGUUAAGUGAAUUGACCGGAAAUCCGAUUUAUUUGCAUAAGGCACAAAAAGUUCUCGACGUUAUUCAAUCCAAAAAAGCCCCAUUACCAGGUCUAUACCCAAUUUUCAUAGAUCCUUACCGGGGAAGAUUCGGAAAAGACUGGAUUUCGUGGGGAGCAUAUGGUGACAGUUUUUACGAGUACCUUUUAAAACAAUAUAUAAUGGUUCGUGAGACAGUCCCUCAAUACAUUGAUAUGUGGAAAUUGGCAGUAAAAUCGACCGUAGAAAACCUGGUAGUUUCCGUACGAGGAUUUCCUGAGUUACAGUAUUUAGCUCAAUGGAAUAACAAUAAAUUGAUUUUUGAAAUGGAACAUUUAGCCUGUUUCUCCGGAGGAAAUUUCAUUCUUGGGGCGCGAACGCUCAAUGACCAAUCCCUUUUAGACCUUGGUCUCUCCUUAACUUCUACUUGUUAUAACACAUAUUUGGGUACAGGUACUCAACUGGGUCCCGAACAAUUCGGUUGGGAUCAGCCAAUCAGAUACACAAACUUUCCACCAAACCGACAGUUUCAAGAGUUUGGAUAUUCUGUUACGAAUUCGAGGUACCCAUUACGACCUGAGGUGGUCGAAA